CAGUGAUUAAAAACAUUAUAAGCCUUGCUGAGGAAUAGCGUAGAGUAACAAAGAUGUCAAAGGCUUUAAAAAAGAUCGUGGAUGAAACCAGAGAGCAUGGAUACACUGAAUUGGACCUUUGUGAUAAAGGGAUAUCACGUCUUGAAGAUAUUCCAAAUCUAGGUACUCUAAGGAACCUAACUAGACUUACUUUGAGUCACAAUAAAAUAACAACUCUUCCGUCUUCCAUAGUUGAGUUACAAAAUUUAGAAAACUUGAACAUGUUUAAUAACCAUAUUGAAGACCUUCCCAUUUCCCUGGGAUCUUUACCCAAACUUAGACAUCUGAAUUUAGCUGUUAAUCGGCUGAGUACAUUACCUAAAGGCCUGGGAACAGCUUCAGGGUUGGAAAUUCUUGACGUUACUUACAACAAUCUAAAUGAACAAUCACUCCCUGGAAACUUCUUUAUCAUGAGCCAGUUGAGGGCUCUUUACUUUGGAGAUAAUGAUUUUGAGAGAAUACCACCUGAAAUAAAUCAGUUGAAAAACCUUCAAGUGUUGGUUUUGCGCGACAAUGAUCUUACCGAGCUACCUCCUGAACUGGGAGAAUUGAAAAAGCUGAGAGAACUGCAUAUACAGAACAACAGGUUGAUGGUACUACCCCCAGAACUAGGAGCAUUGAAUCUUGGCAGUCCCAGACAUGUGUUCAAGGUUGAAGGCAACCCUUGGUUACAGCAGAUUGAAGAUCAAGUGAUCUUGGGUGUUUCUCACGUCAUGGAUUACAUAAGAACAAGUGGCUAUAAAACGCUUUAUGAAAACCACAAGAAAUCUCCUCCUCCUCCACCACCAAAAAAGGAAAAAGAGAAAAACUUGAAGAAAAGCAGAAAGAAGAACUAAAAACACUGCUUGGAAGUGUUGAAUUAACUCUUCUGUCACGAAUCAAAAUUCAUAUAUUUUUAUAAAAAUUAUCAGAAUUGUAUUAUCUUUACAGCCAUUAUUAUAAUUAUGUGACCAACUCAGCCCUAGAGGACAGGGUUUUUUGGCUUCCAUCAUUCAAAAUAAUCACCAACUCAAACCGUUGUAAAUUUGAUUGCCAAAAGCCAAAAACCCAGACGUCUCAAAUUAGAGGUAGUUGUAGUUGUCUUGGUUGGGUAAUUAAGAAGAUGGUCGUAAGGGAUGAAAUUAUGGAGUUCUUGUGCAAUAUGUUAUCGGAUUUGUAAUAUAGAAAUGCAUUAAAUUUAUAAUGUGUAAACUAGUGGUAAAACUAUUUUCUGCUGUAUGACAAAUAGAAAAUAAAAAACAUUUAGACAUGA